AGAUAUCAAAAAUUUGGCAGACUUACAAAAGAAAGAAAUAAUAAAUAGUUCAAAAAUAUAUUAUUGAAAAAAUUUAUUUAAUAUUUUAAAGAUAUACACAAAAUACCGUUUUAUUUUUAAUAAAUGAGUACUAUUGAAUAAUAGGAUAACUAAAACAACAUAUUGUAGGAAUUGGAUAACCCAAUACGGACAAAUGAAAUAUAAAGUUAAGUACAACAUGUUAAAGAAAUAGCCUCAUAUCAAAUUGAUGCAAAGUUUGAAAAAAAUAUUAAAUAAGCUAAAGUUUAGUAAGACUUUUUGAAAAACAUAGAUGUUUAUGAUAAUGGAAAAUAUUUUUAUGGUUUGACUGAGUAAAUGUUUUUAAAAAUAUUUAAUUUCAAUGAAAGUUAAUCACAAAUUGAGGAGAUUAUAUCAAAAAAAUUUCCUUAGCCUUUAUAUGAUUCAAUUAUGCUUAAAAAUAAGUCAGAUUAGGAUUUGGUUGUUGUUUCUAUCAAAAACUAACCUAUAAGCAUAUACAAAUUACAAAAUAAUACAUAAAAUGCAGAAGAGGAGUCACUCAUUCCUAAAAAUUCAUUAAAAAACGUAGGCUAUUUAAGCUCCUAAAAGAAAAAUACUGAAAUUUAUUAAACACCUCUUCAGUUUAAAUAUGAUGAUAAUAAAAAGCAAUUGUUUGGUGUUGGAAAGUAGUUUAUAAUUAACUAUGAUUUGAAUAAAUUUUAAAUCAAAGAUUCUUAUGAGAAAUUCGUUAAAAGCGAUAUCUUAUCUUGUUUUGAUAUACCUAAAUAAAAUUCUGCUGACUAUUCAAAGUAUUAAGAUAUUGUUGCAUUUGGAAAGUUUGAUAAAAAAAUUGAAAUUUUAGAUUAUAAAUAGAAAAAAAUAAUAAACUAAUUUGGUCUUCAUUUAGGUGGUAUUACAUGCUUGAAAUUCGAUCCUUUAGAUAGUAAUUACUUAUACAGUGGUGCAAGAAAGGAUGACUUAAUUUACUAAUGGGAUUUGAGAAAGCAAGAUACUUUUGUGCAUUAUUAUCAGAGAAAAUGCACAACUAAUCAAAGAAUAUAAUUUGAUAUUUUAGAUAAUACAUUAGCAUAUGGCCACAUGAAUGGAGAUAUCAGUUUUGUCAAUAUUAAUACAAAAGAAACAUUAGUGAACUAAAAAAUUCAUGAGGAUUGUGUGAAUACAGUAAAACUUUUCUAGAAAGAAGAUAAGAAAUAUUGUAUUUCAACCUCUGGAUAAAGACAUUAUAAAAUAAAUGACGAAAGUGAUACAACAGAUAGCGACGAAGAUAGCAGCGAUGAUGAAAUAGAUAUGGAAAUAGAGUAGUCUUAGUAAUAAAGCACAGUUUAAAAAGUUAAUAAGAACAUUAGUAAAUAGCAAAAAGAAAAAGUAGUUAAAUAAGAUGACAGCUUGAAACUUUGCUUAGUAUAAAUUUGA